UACCAGUUAUUAGUUGUAAAUAAAAUUAGUUUUUGCAAAACUAUUUUUUAUUUUUAUUAAAAUAUUUUAUAUUUUUUUCAGAUUCAAUUACUAAUAUGUCAACACUUACAACGUCUUUUACUACUUCUGCAUCAGAAUUUAUCUGUCCUACUUGUCAAAAAAGAUAUAAGAAACAAGGUGGACUUUCACGGCAUUUGAGUAUUGUGAAAAGAUAUAAUAUUUCACAUAGUGAUUUGGAUAAAUUACCAGAAACAAAUAAUGAAAAAUUCAAAAGUAUUCUGGUUUAUUUAAUUCACCGCAAACUUCCACAUGGAUUUAAAAAGGGAGGUCGUCAAUUAGUGUCGCUUGCAUGUACUGAACAUCAGUUUUUUGAUAUUUUCAAAGGGUAUAUCCAUCAUCAUAGCAAUAGAAAUGUCUACAAGUGUAUUUUCUGAGGAUCUGCUGGAUAUCAAAUAUUAAGUGAAAUCUUGAAUAAUCCAUU